CCAACCUGCAAAGAAACCACCAGUUGAUAAUUCAUAAGUUAAUACAAGCUGUGCGAUAAACCUUCUGCAUUAUAAAGAUCGUGUGGCGUGGUAGGCCAUAACGCGUGACGUUCAAAUUCCCAGAGGAUUCAAACCUACAAUACAGCAGGUAGAGUCAAGCACCUGUCACAUGGUCUAGUGUCAUUCAGUGCAUUAGACUAUUAGUCUGAGUCAGCCAUCUUGGUUGUUAGCGUGGUCUCCAGUAAUUUUUUCUGGUGAUCAUAUCAUGAGUUAGUGCUCCUCGCACAAACCAACAUACCCAGACCUGGCUUUUGUGAUAACUGCAGCUUGUGCAAGAGCUUUUACACUCGUAAAAGACAGCAUUUAAAAGCUUGAAUCUUCGGUACGAGUUGUAUUACACUGAAAGGAGUCAGAUUGCACUCUUGCAGCCAACAACUAGCUGUUUGAUCUAUUGAUGUGGGUUGCAACACUGAGUGUCUGAAAGUGUUUGAAAGUGUCUGAAGCCACCUGAAAGUGCUAUCAAGUGAAAUUAAGUUGUAUUGUAGUUGCAUUCUUGCACUGUUGAGAAUUCAUGGAGGCAUCUUUAAGAACGACAAAACAGCAGAUCUUAUAGACAGAGGUGAUAAUCACUAGGACGAACACGCAAAAACCACAGCAGAUGAGUAUUACCAAGGAAGAUCGAUGGUGGUCGUCAUUCGGCUUUGGGCUAAAUAAGGUAUUUAUUCCGCCACAUAUUUGCACAAUCCAAAUAAAAAUUACAGAACAUUACAAGAUAUUGAGAGGCCAGGAUGGCAUACACUCAGGCCAGGAUUUUAACAACAACCUGCAGAGAAAAAUGGGGAAGAAGCUACAGUGGCAAAAUAUAAAUGGCAACGACGCUCGUUCAGACCCUCAGUCAUACGACUACAACAUAAGAGAUGAGCUUUGGUUCGCAAAGCUGUUUCUCAUGCCUGAAUUGGCGAAAAGGAUUGAGGCCUUGGAUGAGUCUUUGGAUGCCUCUUGCGUGCUCAAUUUAAUUGAGCUCGUACCAGUAUUCCCAAAAUGGGCCAAAGAGGCGGCCCGAAAAUUGAAAAUAGAGGGGCGUAUCGAAUGGGCCCAUGUCAAUCGCAACUUUUCUUACUGGACGGAAGAGCAAUACAAUGACUGCUUUCAGAUCAUGAAGGACCUUGUGAAUGGCCUAGGUUAUCCCCAGAAGAGGUAUUUAGUGGAUCACUGAGUUGGAGAAUUGGCGUAUAAACGGGCCAAACAAGGUUCUUUGUAAAGGUUGUGAAGAGGAGGUGCCACGUUUACAGCAGGAGAUUGAAGUGCUUCAGGAGAAGCAGAGUUAUCUAAUGGGUCUCAUAAGUGAUGCUUACCAAGCCAUCCGGUCCCUCAGGAAAUACGAGCAACACCCAAGUGGAACACUAGAAGAAAUUGAGACAUUCGUUUGCAACGCGAGUUAUGCCUCUGGCCGGGAUCAGUCUAAUCCAAAGAGACCUGAUCGACAGAAGGAAAAGGAAAAACAACAACAAAAAUCAGCAGACGACCCUCAUGAUUUACACACAAGUAGAAAAAGAGCCCUGGCUGGCCCUUUAGAAGGGGAUUCUAAAUGGUUGGAGCUUACUCUUUCCUUGGAUGGGGCAACCGGAGGAGGAGAUGCGGCAGCAACAACCAUCAAAAAGGAGGAAGAACUGCGCAAUGAGGUAAAGUGGGAGCAAGAACAAGGGGAUAAGAAACAAGAGCAGGAGCAGAAGGCAGAGCGAGAAAAAGUAGGAAAAGGAAUAGAAGGGCCAAAUGUGCCGGUUCUCUGUAACUGCCAUGAAGGGCUAGAGGCAUUUGUACAGCAGCAGAAUGAGGAGUCGAAUCAGAAGAGUCUGAGAAAUGAAAUACGUAUCAGAGGUGAGUUAAACAGAGCCAUCCAGUCCCUCAGGAGAGACAUUCAAGACGAACCUGAAAUAAAGUUAACUUUAAGGAACGCUUUGGAUGAACAAAGAGAUAGCAAUUUAUUCUUGGCCCAGCUGGAUCGACCUAAUUCAAAGAGACCUGAUCUACAGAAGGAGAGGGAAAAAGAACGACAAAAACUAGCAGACAACCCUCUUUCUUUGCCCGCAAAUAGAGGAAAAACCCCGGCUGGCCAUUCAGAAGAGGUUUCUGUAUGGUCAGAGUCUAUUGCUUCCUCGGAUGAAGCAACCGGAGGAGGAGAUACGGCGGAAAUAGCCGUUAAAAAGGAGGAAGAAAUACGAAGUGAGGUAAAGCGGAAGCAGGAACAGGGGGAUAAGAAACAAGAGCAGGAGCAGAAGGCGGAGCGAGAAGAAGUAGGAAAAGGAAUAGAAGGGCCAAAUUUGCCGGGUCUGUGUAACGGCUGCAAAAGGCUAGAGGCACUGGUACAGCAGCAGAAUGAGGAGUCGAAUCGGAAGAAUCUGAGAAAUCUAAUGUCUCUCAGAUAUGAGGUUUACGUAGCCCUCCAGUCCCUCAAUAGAGACAUCCAACACCUAGCUGAAAUAAGCCUUGAUCUAAAGAAGGAAAGGGAGAAAGAACAACAAGAACAAGUAGACGACACUCUUGCUGUGCAAACUCCGUCUGACCGUCCAGUAAAGAUUGCAGGAGAUGGAGGAGCAGGAAGAGGAGGAGAGGCAUGCGGACGAAAGGCAGGAGGAAAGAAGAAUAAGAAAAAGAAAAAUUCACAACACAAGUGAGAUUUAAAGAAUAAUAAGAAACGAGGUGUUUGAGACAUCCUGUAUUUGAGGAAUUUUCGCUGGGAACUUUAACUUGUCUUAAAAUUG